GUAACAUCAGGUACAAGACGUCAAUUUCCAUGAAUAAAGAACAGCCUUACAAGAAAUUCUAAAGGAAGUUCUUCAGAUAGAAAGGAAAUGAUACCAGACUAUUAUGCAAAUCUACUGGAAGAAAUGAAGAGCACUGAAUACGGUGCCCGCGCCCGUGGGGAGCCGCCGCCGCAGGUGGCGUCCGGGGUGUGGUCAAUGAGGCGAAGCCUGAGGAAGAUGCUGCGCCCCGGAGAGAAGAAGGAGCCCCGGGACUUCGUCUGCCUGGGCGUGGAGGACCACAAGGACAACAGCAAUGACUUCAAGGUGGUGUUCGAGGGAAACAAAUGCGGUUUACAAAACUUUGUGAAGAAACAAAAGAGAUUAAAAAAAUAUGAUGAUGUGAAUGCCUCCCCUUUGCACCAUGCUGCAGAAGAAGGUCAAGUGGAGCUGAUGGAGAUGAUUGUCAAUGAAUCCUCCUGUGAAGUACUGAAUGUGAUGGAUGAUUAUGGAAAUACCCCGCUGCACUGGGCCGCAGGAAAAAACCAGGUGGAAAGCGUUAAGUUUCUUCUUAGCAAAGGAGCCAACCCAAACCUCCGAAACUGCAGCAUGAUGGCCCCGCUGCAUGUGGCUGUGCAGGGCGCGUACAACGACGUGAUGAAGGUCUUGAUUGAGCACAGCAGUACUGAUGUUAAUCUGGAAGGAGAAAAUGGAAACACAGCUCUGAUAAUCACAUGUUUCACAGAUAACAGUGAAGCCAUGCAGCUUUUGUUAAAUAAAGGAGCUAAGCCAUGUAAAUCAAAUAAAUGGGGGUGCUUCCCUAUUCACCAGGCAGCAUUUUCGGGUGCCAAAAAAUGCAUGGAAAUAAUAUUAAAGUUUGGUGAGGAACAUGGGUAUAGCAGACUGUCUCACAUUAAUUUUGUGAACAGUGGGAAAGCCAGCCCUCUCCACAUGGCAGUUCAAAGUGGGGACUUGGACAUGAUUAAAAUGUGCCUGGACAAUGGUGCACAGCUGGACCUGCUAGAGAAAGGGAAGUGCACAGCCCUUCAUUUUGCUGCCACCCAGGGAGCCACUGAGAUUGUUAAGCUGAUGGUAUCUUCCUAUUCUGGCAGCAGCGAUAUUGUUAAUGAGGUGGAUGGAAACCACGAGACACUGCUUCACAGAGCCUCAUUAUUUGAUCACCAUGAACUAGCUGACUACUUAAUUUCAGUGGGAGCAGAUAUUGAUAUCACCGAUUCUGAAGGACGGUCUCCACUUCUAUUAGCAACUGCUUCUGCAUCCUGGAAUACUGUAAAUUUGCUCCUCUCUAAAGGUGCCCGUGUGGACAUAAAAGAUAAUCUUGGACGUAAUUUUUUGCAUUUGACUGUUCAACAGCCUUAUGGAUUAAAAAAUUUGCAUCCUGAGUUUUUGCAGAUGCAACAUAUAAAAGAGCUGGUGAUGGACGAGGACAAUGAUGGGUGCACCCCUCUGCAUUAUGCAUGUCGACAGGGGGUCCCUGUCUCCGUAAACAACCUACUCAACUUUAAUGUGUCCAUUCAUUCCAAAAGCAAAGAUAAGAAAUCACCCCUGCAUUUUGCAGCCAGUUAUGGACGUAUCAAUACCUGUCAGAGGCUCCUGCAAGACAUAAGUGACACGAGGCUUUUGAAUGAAGGUGACCUACAUGGAAUGACUCCUCUCCACCUGGCUGCAAAGAACGGGCACGAUAAAGUUGUUCAGCUGCUUCUGAAGAAGGGUGCAUUAUUUCUCAGUGACCACAACGGCUGGACUGCUUUGCAUCACGCUUCCUUGGGCGGGUACACUCAGACCAUGAAGGUCAUUCUUGACACUAACUUGAAAUGCACAGAUCGGCUAGAUGAAGAAGGGAACACCGCGCUUCACUUUGCGGCGAGGGAGGGCCACGCCAAAGCCGUCUGCCUGCUGCUGAGCUACGAUGCCGACGUGGUUCUGAACAAGCAGCAGGCCUCCUUCCUGCACGUUGCGAUUCACAAUAAGAGAAAGGAGGUGGUCCUCACGACCAUCAGGAACAAAAGAUGGGAAGAGUGUUUCAAGGUUUUUAGUCAUUGUUCUCCUACCAAUAGAUGUCCAGUCAUAGAACUGGUAGAAUACCUCCCUGAAUGCAUGAAGGUACUUUUAGAUUUCUGUGUGACACCCUCCACAGAAGACAAGUCCUCCCAAGACUACCAUAUUGAGUAUAAUUUCACAUAUCUUCAGUGUCCAUUGGAAUUCACCAAAAAAGGAGCACCUGUACAGGACAUUGUAUAUGAGCCUCUUUUAACUCUCAAUGCAAUGGUGCAACAUAACCGCAUAGAGCUUCUCAACCACCCUGUGUGUAAAGAAUACUUACUUAUGAAAUGGUUGGCUUAUGGGUUUAGAGCCCAUGUUAUGAACCUAGGAUCUUACUGUCUUGGUCUGUUUCCCAUGACCUUUCUUGUUGUCAAUAUCAGACCAGGUAUGGCUUUCAACUCAACUGGAAUCAUCAAUGAAACUAGUGACCAUUCAGAAAUUUUAGACACCAAGAAUUCCUAUGCUAUAAAUUUCUGUAUGAUUUUAGUUUUGCUAUCAAGUAUAUUAGGAUACUGCAAAGAAGUGGCCCAAAUUUUCCAACAGAAAAGGAAUUACUUUUUGGAUAAGGACAAUGCAGCUGAAUGGAUCAUCUACACAACCAGCAUCAUAUUUGUGUCACCCUUGUUCAUCAGGAUACCAGCAUAUGUGCAGUGGCAGUGUGGAGCAAUUGCUAUAUUCCUCUAUUGGAUGAACUUCUUAUUGUAUCUUCAGAGAUUUGAAAAGUGUGGAAUUUUUAUCGUGAUGUUGGAGGUGAUCAUGAAAACUCUGUUGAAAUCGACAAUUGUGUUUGUCUUCCUUCUUGUGGCUUUUGGACUCUGCUUUUACGUGCUCCUGAAUAUACAGGAUGCUUUCAGCUCUCCGUUCCUUUCCAUAAUGCAGACCUUCAGCAUGAUGCUAGGAGACAUCAAUUAUCACGAUGCCUUCCUAGAGCCAUAUUUGAGGAAUGAAUUGAAGUAUCCACUUCUGUCCUUUGUACACCUUAUCACAUUCACCAUGUUCGUCCCAAUUGUCCUCAUGAAUUUACUUAUUGGUUUGGCAGUUGGUGACAUUGCUGAGGUCCAGAAACAUGCACUGUUGAAGAGAAUUGCCAUGCAGGUGGAACUUCACACCAGCUUGGAGAAGAAGCUGCCACUCUGGUUCCUACACAAAGUUGAUCAGAAAUCCAUCAUCGUGUAUCCCAACAGACCCAGAUACAGCAGAGGGAUAUUACGUGGUGUAUUUCAUUAUAUCUUUUGCCCCCACGAAACGAGACAAGAAAUACCAAAUGUUGAUACAUCUUUAGAAACAGAAAUAAUGAAGCAAAAGUACCGGCUGAAGGAUCUCGGUUCUCUUCUGGAAAAACAGCAUGAACUUAUUAAACUCAUCAUUCAGAAGAUGGAAAUCAUCUCUGAGACAGAGGAUGAAGAUUACCACAGUUCUUUUCAAGACAGGUUUAAGAAACAGCAGUUAGAACAAAGGAAUAGCAAAUGGAAUUGUGUAUUGAGGGCAGUAAAGGCAAAAUCACACAGCCCUUGAGUAUCAGUUGUCCAACUGUGCACCGGGUUCCUGAUGGUCGGGUCGGGGGUGGUUUGUGACUUACUGGGUCUACAUUCCAAUUUGGCAAGAGUGAAGAAAAAAGCAGAAAUGUAAUUCUGAUUUCACUAUAUGUGAAAUCAUGGUUCCUGUAUUCUAUAUAAAAGGUAGACUCUCUGUUUCUCUUCAUAUUUUCUGCCAGUCACUAUGUACAGGGAUUAUCCUUGCUAAUAAGUUCAGGUUGGACUUUACCUCGAAUUAUUUGAGUGGGUAGAAAGCUCAUUUACUAGAACACACAUUGUAAUGAUAAGGAGUAAUAUGUGUAAUAACUAUUAAGCUAGAAUACAAAUGUCAAUACUGGAUCCCUGCUUAAUAAUUUACAGUAGGGCCAUGCAUUAGACAAUGAAGUAUUGUAUGAGAUCCUACCACUUGGUGUUAAAACUCUCUGUUGAAAGACUCUGUGCAUGGAACUCUGUAUGCUCUAUUCCCACCAAAUAAAUUCCCUACCUUCAGGCUGCUCCUAACACACCUGAAGUCACUUUGAGAUGAGGCCCCAAUUAAUAGACCUUCUGUUAUACAUGAAUUUCACUAUAUGUAGCAUCUGUGAUUUCUGUAUAUUUUGCUUGCCGCUGAUGAUAAUAAAUGUAAUAUCUAUAUAGUCACCCCAGGGAUUAUUGUGUAAGCCUUUCUAUUAUUAAUACAUUUGUUUUUGAGAUUUGCAAAAACACCUCCA